AUUUAAAGAGAUCUUUGAGAUAUUCCUUUAUUCCUAAUUUUUUAAAUAUUCAUUGUUGAUUUUGAGUACUAAGCAUUCGUCAAAAGUUCGAUUAGGACUGUAAAAUCAGGAAUUACGUCCAUAUUCUGAAUUCGCAUGGUUGGUUGAUUAGUCACUACUAAAUUUAUAUAAAUAAAUGUGUGAUCACAUCAAAACUGAAAAACAAUAAAAAUUAUCAAUUAUUGGUAUUUUAUGAAUAAUCACACAGUAAUAUGUGUAAUCGCUUUCAUAACAGCAAUUGUCCUUAAAGAUGGUCAGCUUGUCACGAAGUUUUAAUACAAAUUCUGGAGGUGCAACAUUUUUUAGCGAAUCUGUAAAUAUGGAUGACAGACAACAUCUUCAGCCUAUAUUGGACUCUUAUGGGGGUUUCAAACCACUGAAAACUGUUUCCUUGUUUAGUGUUCACUUGUUAGUUAUAUUUAUCUUGGAUCUACUAGCUAUUGGUUAUGCUGUAAAGCAUCCUGAUGAAAAAAGCAGAUGCCGGGAAUACUUUGUUGUUAUUUACUUACAUAUAGGACUGUGGUUCGCAACGCUUAUUGUUGAUCAAGUUGCCAAAUGUCAGCAUCAUGGUUUAAGAUUGAAUGGUUAUUUAGAUUUUUACCAUCAAACGAGACUUCAUAUUAGUUUACCCUUUUAUAUAGUAAGUUUAUGGAGUGUUGCUCUAAUGUUUGUACAAGCAUUGAUGCAACAUUUUUACCCAGACGAUUUUGCAGAGAGGUGCGUUAAAGGAGGAAGUCUGUCACCUAUGUCUUAUUUAUGUGCCAUUAUUACACUGGAGACUUGCCUCAUAUUUGGUGUUAACGUUAACUAUAUUGCGAAAGUGAUUAAAUUCAACAAACAUAAACCUCUGCCCGAUGUUCAAAAAGAAGACUGGAUUAGUACGACUGCACCUGACACUGUGACCCAAAAUGAAGUAGGUUAUAGCCAGUUGGGAGGCAAAAUUUAUGACUUAUUGGAGAAACAGGCCGAUUUAAUCCGAUUCCUCAAGGAACACAAUGAACUAUUAGCGAAAAAAACAAUGGUUUUGACAGCUCAAUUACAACAAUUACGGGCUCAUAGAGAGAGUUAAAAUUUUUUGUAAAAUUUGUGAUACAAGUACGUUCGAGAAUAUAUAUAAUAUAUGUAUAUAGGGUAUGCUAAAUUUUUAUAUUAAUUCAUAUCAAAAAAUUGUAGAUUCGUUUUUCUUUAUAUAAACUGAAAUAAACUUUAAAAUCGGAGGCUUUAUCUCAUAAUAUACGACUGUGAUUUUGUUAUGUGUUUUUUUGUGAGUUACUAAGAAUACUUCAACAUUUUUAUUGUUUAAAUUUUUACCAAAUACGGCAUAAUAAAAAGAACUUAGAUGCAAAAAAGUAAUACCGCAUAGAAGAGAAAACGAUUUUUGAGUUUCUGUUAUCACUCAGAAGUCAAAAUACCGAAUUUUUUUUGUAAAAAGGGCGAAAAUCAACAUAUUUAUUAUUGUUAAGCAAAAAAUCAGCACAAAACAAAAAAUUUUGACAGCCUUACCUCACGAAAUGCGUAACGACAGCGUUACCUAAAGAAUGUAUAUGAAGAGUACAGGGGAAAAACUGGUAAUGUCACAUUUUAUACAUAUUGAGAUAAACACCAAUAAAGGUUUAAUUCUUAUGAUAUCUAAAAACUAGUUAGGAGAUUCUUAGCGGAAUUCUAGCAAUUAUUAGUUUAUAAUCUUAAUAUAAUAUUAAUCUAUAUUAACUUAUUAAUUUGACGAAUGGAUUUAAUAUCCGCAGUCAUAUAAACCCAAAUAAACAAAAAAAAAAACAUUAAUUUAAUAAUGCACAAAAAACUGCUAACAAUCCUUAUUUUUGUCCAGUGGCGUGCGGACAAUCCUUCGACUGGAUACAAAUUCUUAAAAAAUUUAUAUAGACUGAUCUUUCUGGUUAUUAUUCUGAAUCGAUAGUCUAGUCGAUAGUACUCAGUUGAUACUCGAUACUCUAUACUCGCUAGUACUACCACAUGGCGAGAAAAGCCAAAAUUCAUGAAAAAGUGACAUUCCUUGUUUUCCCCCUGUACUCUUCAUAUGCAAAAUUUGAGGUAGAUCAGUCAACUAGCUUUUGAAUUACAAUGUCUACUGCCUUUGAAAAAAAAAACAGUUUUGAGAAAAACCCGUUUAAAGUUUUGACAACUUUUAUUUUCAAUUUCUUUUUUGUCUGUCAAAUCUUAGCGAUGCACACCGGAAUAUGUUUUUGAACCGCGGAGUAAUUUACAAAAAAAAAGGCGAACAGCUGUUGCUCAAGGGUGCUGGCGCCAAGCUGUUGCAAAGCGAGUCAAAGAUAGGGAUUUUUAACAUGCGGCAUUUACAGGCAAUUUUGCUGCAAUCAAUCUGAAAUUUUCAGAGAGUAUUCUUGAAGUUAUGUGCUUUUAUUUAAAAUAAUAAAAAAAUCGAAAAUUUCGUUAAACCAUCCCCGCCCCCUUAAAUACCAACUAAACUUUAAAACACAACUAAGUCCAAUAUACUCUUCAGAUAAAACUAUCCACCUUAAAUAACUUUUGAACCAUUGAUUUUUUAGAAAAAACGCAAAAACAUGGCAAAUAAUACUUGAAGGGGGAGACAUUAUUCCAUAUUUAAGCUUACCGAGAAAGGCACCCUAUCACCCCCGUAUCAUCCCUUAUUUUUUUUAAAUAACUACCACCUUUUUUAUUUUAUAUUUGGAUUCUCCUCUUUGUACUGAUUUCAAAAAUGUAUAAUACAUGAUGCUUAGAGUGAUUAGUUUAUAAGAAAAAUAAAUACAAAAGCAAGAAAACGAUUAAAAAUAAUUCUUUUUUAACAAUUUUAUUAGCAUACAAACAUUUAAAAUAAACAUUUCACUACCAAAAAUUUUAAAAAUUAUUAUUUAAAAUGACUUUUGAAAUUUUGAAUAAUUAUUGUUAAAAUUUUGAAUAAUUAUUGUUAAAAUUUUGAAUAAGUAUUGUUAAGAUUUUGAAUAAUUAUUUUUAAAAUUUUUGGUAGUGGUCUCCGACGCCCCUAAGGAGCAUAAGGAGUUUCGAGAAAGAAGAAGAGGUAGUGAAAUGUUCUUUCUAAAUGUUAUAAACUUGUUAAAAGAAUAAUUUUUAUUUAAUACAGUUUUCUUGCUUUUGUAUUUAUUUUUCUCAUAAACGAAUCACUUUAAGCAUCAAGUGUUAUACAUUUUUGAAAUCAGUACAAGGAGGAGAAUCCAAAUAUAAAAUAAAAAAGGUGGUAGUAGUUUUAAAAAAAUUAAGGGAUGAUACGGGGAUGGGAGGGUGCCUUUCCCGGCAAGCUUAAAUAUGGUAUCAUGACUCCCCCUUUAAGUAUUAUUUGAAGUGUUUUUGCGUUUUUUCUAAAAAUCAGUGGUUCAAAAGUUAUUCAAGAUGGAUAGUUUUAUCUGAAGAGCACUGUAUAAACAAGAUAAAAGACGCAGCCAAAACAGUAGCAAAUAAAAUAUGUUUCAAUUGCUUAAUAUUCCAAAGAAAGGUCAGUGACAAUAUUUGUAUAAUUUUUAUAUUAUUUUAAAUUGUGUAUCGUUUUCAGAUUUUAUAAUUAUAGAAACUUCAUUAUACUUUAUAAUUUAUAGGAAGAUUUUGGUGUUAUGUUACUUUAUUUAUUAUCCACUAAAAUAAACCAUACCGAAAAACGCAUAUUAAUUGUAUUUUACGUAAAUUUUUUGCUUGAAAUUUUCUUGUGAAAUACACACACCGGCAAAAUUAAUGGAACACCUUAAAGAUGGGUCAUGUUUGAUAUCUCGAAUUUCCUAAACCAGUUGUUUGAUUUGUGUGAUUUUUUUAGUAUGUUAUAGCCUUAUUCUUUAAGAAUAUCGAUGUAAUAAUAUUGUUGUUAGACAGGUAGAUGUCAUUGUAUACAGGGUGUAACAACCAUACUGUGUUUUUCCUCAAAAUUCUGAACACCAUGUGGAAUAUUCUAGCAUAUAUAAAAUAUUGAAAUUAAAACUCAAUUGUAGCCUUAAGCUUUCUUAACAUUUUCUUUUUUGAUUCAUUUGCUUAUGUUGGAUAAUAAAAAAGUGCCAUAUUCUUCAUUUUUUUUAUAUAAAUUUUUAUAUAAAAAAAGUUUUUAAAUAAGUGCGACAAACUUUAAGAGGUAAUUCUGUAUUAAAAAAUAAUCACCGUUUGUUUUAUAAACAUAUGUCUUGUUGGUUUUAAGAGGUAGUUAUUGUGCAUUUUUUGACAGACAAUUAAGAAUUUUAUAUUUACCAUUGGCGUGCAUACGGGAUAUAUCUAAAAUAUUUAUACCCGUUUGCACGCCAAUGGUGAAUAUAAAAUUCUUAAUUGUAUGUCAAAAAAUGCCUAAUAACUACCCCUUAAAGUUUGUCGCAUUUAUUUAGAAACACUCUAUAUUGAUGAAGAACAUGGCUAGUUGUUAAAGUACCUAAUUUUUUUUAUUAUUCAACAUAAGCAAAGGAGUCAAAAAAGAAAAUGUUAAGAAAGCCUAAGGCAACAAUAAAAUUUUAAUUUCAAUUUAUUUUAUAUAUUGGGACCAUGCAAGUUCGGAAGAGCGACACCUGGUUUCAUAGCUCGGCAACAUUUUGUAGCACUUAAUUUAAUAAUUAUAUUGGCCAAUUAUAUUAGUCUUGGUUACUAGAUAAUUGGGCCAUAGCCCAAAAAAGAAUGAGAAGAAAAAGUAAGAUUAAGCUUAUGUUAUUAAAAGAAUAUAAUAUUUUCAAAAUAAUACUUUCAUUUUAACAUAAAAUUUUCGGUUAUUCCAGAAAUGUCCGGAAUAACAAGGUAACAAUUCCAGUAUCCCCACUAGUUUUCCAAUUACCCGAUUGAAUACAAUCCUACAUUCUCAUGAAAUGUAUCAGUCUCUCCUGAACACUGUCCUAAUGUCUCAAGUUAUCUUUUUACCAAUUAACUAUCAGUUUGGUCGUACAGUGUUUAAGAAUUAUUAUUCUGCUCACGUUUGUAACCGAUAAGUGGGUUUCCUUUCUUUUGAAAUAAUGUUUAUCUAACUUUAUAUCGUUUUUCAUUUAAUAUAAAGUGUGAUCCAAAAUUAUUGUCACCAUAGAUGGCGCUGAACGGCAGAGAUAGCUAUACAGUGCAUGUCUAUUCUUAAUUCAGAUAUACUUUCCAGUUUACGUCAACUUUGCAGUGUACGUCAACUUAACAAGGAAAGUUAGGUUAUGUAGAGAUGUUGGUGGUGGACAUAUACAGCAUCUUGUUUGAUUUUAUUUAUUAUUGUUACUUAUAAUUUUGUUAAUUCUUUUUAUUUUUGAUUAAAGUUCUGUGCUAAAGGUUUUGACUGAUUUUUUAUGUUUUAUAAUGUUAAUCAAAAUUAAUUGAUAAACCAAUGAUAUAAAUUCAGGUUAAAGGUCCGAUCCAAUAAUUGUGGAUCGCUCGUUAUUAUUAAACAUUAGGUACCAUUUAUUGAUUUAACAUGUCUGAAAACCAUUUUAAAGACCAGAGGAUGUUCUGGAAGGCAUUUCAUUUAUUCAAACAUUUUUCAUCUAUAUUUCCUUUUUUUUUUCAAAUAGUAAUUCCCCGUAAGAAGUGGAGUGGUGAUCGUGAUGUCGUGUAUUGUCUGUCUCCAAAGAUCUCUGGUCAUUUUUAACCCAUGCAUAGGUAUUUUGCAUAUUCUUGUAAUUUUGUCGAUCUAUUUUGUUGGUGAUCUCCUCUUGAUCUUCAGCAUUCCACUUUUCCUUGCAUAAUGAGUCUUUCCAUGAAUAUACGAUUCGGAAAAGCAUGAGAAGUUUGUAACAACCUAAGAACAAUAUAUUUCCCUUGUUUUUAUGAAAAUAUUUUUUAUAUAAAUUAAAUCGUAUAUUUAAAUAAUUUUGAAACGAUUUUAAGCUAACAUUGAUUGUGAAAUGAAGCUCUCGGUACUGUUUAUUUUUAAGUGUAUAAUAUACUUAUGUAAAUUGUGUAAUAUAUUAAAGUAACAUUUUUACCAAUAUAUUUUUAUAUUUAAUCAAUAACUGAUUUAAUUUUAUUAUAAAUAAAUAAAUGUAAAACUAGAUAAAA